AUGUCAGGGAACCAGGGUCCGGGUUCAGCCGCGGUGGAGGAGAAGACCAGUUCCCGGAGACAGACUGAAGCUAACAGAAGGUUGAAGUACAUCAGUUUAGCAGUUUUGGUGAUCCAGAAUGCUUCACUCAUUCUCAGCAUUCGUUAUGUGCGGACGUUGCCUGGAGAACACUUCUUCACAACAUCCGCCGUGGUCAUGGCUGAGGUGUUGAAGGUCUUCACCUGCCUUAUUGUCAUUUUGUUCCAGAAAAGAGGAAAUAUCAGGGAAAUGGUGGCCUUGCUUUACGACUCUUUGGUGGUCCAGUACUGGGAUACAUUAAAGUUAGCAGUGCCAUCACUUAUCUACACAUUACAAAAUAACCUGCAGUAUGUAGCCAUCUCCAAUUUACCAGCUGCCACAUUCCAGGUAACAUAUCAGCUGAAGAUCCUGACCACGGCACUUUUCUCAGUGCUCAUGCUGAGGAAGACGCUGUCACGUAUGCAGUGGGUCUCUCUGCUCCUCCUAUUCCUCGGCGUGGCCACCGUUCAGGUGCAACAGGAUAGCAGCAAGAAGACCGAGGCUAUCGUUUCAUCCGGCUCUCAAAGCUACGUCAAAGGCCUGGUGGCCGUGGUGGUGUCGUGCCUGUCGUCUGGCUUUGCCGGCGUUUACUUUGAGAAGAUCCUGAAGGGCAGCUCGGCAUCGCUGUGGUUGCGCAACGUGCAGCUCGGCCUGUUCGGCACUCUACUGGGUCUUCUGGGCCUGUGGUGGAACGACGGCCAUCAGAUCGCAGAGAAGGGCUUUCUGUUUGGCUACACACCCAUGGUGUGGGGUGUCAUAUUUAACCAGGCCUUCGGUGGCCUGCUAGUGGCCGUGGUGGUUAAAUACGCCGAUAACAUUCUAAAGGGCUUCGCCACAUCGUUCUCCAUCGUGGUGUCCACGGUCACAUCUGUCUACCUCUUCGGCUUCCACGUGGAUGUACUGUUCACACUUGGUGCUGGCCUAGUCAUUGGCGCCGUUUACAUGUACAGUCUGCCCAAAGCUGCUGCUCAACCCGUCAACGCUGGCUCCUCCCCUUCUUCCUCCUCCUCCUCCUCCUCCUCCUCCUCGCAGACGGAUGAGUUCCUUCCAAAGAAUCAAGAGAAAGAAAAAGGAAGCUAAAUGUAGAAGCUUAUCCAUGAAAAAAUGGAUGGACCAUGGACCAAGAUUAGCCUUAAGAAUUAUUUCCUAGAAUGUGACUUAUAUAUACCAAUGGUAUUCAAUUUACAUCAUUAUUUUUAUGAAACACUACAAUGUAAUAGGAAAACUAUUUUCUGAAAAACUACAUGGCCAAAAGUAUGUGGGCACCUUCUUAUGAGUUUUUGUGGCUGUUCAGCCACACCCAUUGAUAGCAGGGUCACACAGUCAUGCAUUCUUAGUAGACAAAUGUUAUGAAAAUAACCUGGCUAGUUCUCGAUAGCUAGAUAUUAGAUGGCAUGAAAAAGCUUUGUUUUUUCCUUUGCAUGAUGUCCUGGGAGAGUUAUUGCUUACUGGUCCUGUAUGCUGUUUAUGCCACACUGGUGCUUUGCUAAGUCAAAAAUGAGAUUUAAUUCCUAUUUUAAGUGCCGUUCACCAAUUUUCUUUUGACAACGGAGAUGAAAAGCUGAUAGGUCUGAAGACUGGCAUUGACAGUAAAUUGAGUAUCU